AUGUAAAGUGGAAAAAUUGAACUUUAGACCUCGAGGAUAUUAGUAUAAGUUCAUAUCAACUCUAUCUGGUCUUUCUUGACCGCUAGGCUAACUCAUGAUAGUUUUGCUCUCCACCUUAUUAUUAAUUUUAUUCAUACUACAUGGGAAUCAUCAGAGAUUUUAACCCAAGUUAAGGUCAACAAUUUCAAAAUCUUUUGUUUUAGUUAAUUUUCUACAUUGAGCAUCUAGGUAUUGAACUGACCCAUCAGAAUCCAAUUUUUAAAGCUCCUUUAUCAACUUUUGACAAUAACUUUCCUAGUGGAAACACAUACAUUAUGCACCAAAAUAUUUGACUAGACAACCAUAUGCAUUUUUAGGUUGUAUCUACAAACCAAAAGAGAUGAUAUAAAAUUGCAUUGGCUUAUGGUUGAACUUGGUAAGCUAGAGUUUGAAAAUAGAGGUUUCAAUGGGGCAAUUUGUACCUCAUGUAGCAUCUGGUUUUGUAUUCACUCUUCUUGGCCUUUGGCAUACUGUGAAUACAAUCAAAACCUACAAUCUCAGAGGCUCUUCAAAUUUCAAAGUAAGAUUUUGGUACCCUCUCAAUCACCCGCUUUCCAUACUCAAGUACUUGGAGCUCAUUUUCGUGUUCUCUUUUUCGAUCGUUGCAAUUUUCAGACAAUUUUGGGACUACCCUUUUGUUCACUUGUCUUUCCAAAUCAUCAACUUGGAGCAUGCAACCAUGUUCCUACACCUUGCUAUAUUUUCAGGUUUUAUUUUCUAUAACGAGCUGAAUCGUUCAUCGAGCGUAUUAUCCGGUGUUGAAGGCGUCUUUGCAGCCUGCGUUUUCAGUCAAGAACUGUUCUUGCUCCAUUUCCACUCGGCUGACCAUAAUGGCAUCGAAGGUCAUUACCAUUGGCUCUUGCAGAUCAUAGUGUUCGCAUCUCUCGUGUCGGUACUCGUAGCUGCUUGUUAUCCUACCAACUUCCCUGCAGCUCUUGUUCUUUCAUUAUUGGUUGUUCUGCAAGGGUGUUGGUUUAUGAACAUGGGGUUCAUGCUAUGGGUUCCAAACCUAGUUCCUAAGGGUUGCAGCAUGAGGAUCAUCGAGAACGGCAAAGACGAAAUGCUCGGAGCAGUCAUUUGUGCCUCCAAGGAAGCUGAUAUGAGGGCACGAGCACUUGCCAACCUGCAAUUCAGUUGGAUACUAGCAGGAAUUCUUAUAUUUACUGGAUUUAUAAGCCUCAAAUGUACUAAAUCUGAAAAUUGUAGCUCGAAGAUCCAGUUAACGGACUACGAGCAGCUUUGAGUAGUGCAAAAGGUACCAAUAUGCUUUGAUACAGCUACCAGCAGCAAGGUCAUGAAUGAGGUGAUCAAUUGGUCAAGAGGGUCAAGACAAUGUCAUAUUAAGACUGAAAAGGCUGUGAUUGCUCUGUAAUUAAAACCAUCAAUCAGAAUAAAAACAUAUAGAACUUGUGUA